AGGGGGUUGAAGAGAAAAGGGGCCAUGCAGUUGACGACGUGGCGUGCUAUGGAUAGUCGAUCUCUUCGACGGCUGAGACACACUCAAUGGUUCACCCUGCCCCGAAUACAUUCCCCGUUCGAUUGCGUGCUGUUUGACUUUCUAACAUCUAUUAGUAUUUUGUCGAACGGGAAAUUUUGGAAUUUGGAGGGAAAAGAACGGAGAGAUCAGUCUCUCAGGCUUUUUCCUCCUCAUGCUCCCCUCUCAUACCAAUUUUUAUUAUUCUUUUAUGAUCCGUAUUAUUAUGAUCGAAUGCAUAAAGAUUUCAUCCCCAUGAUCGAUUCGAAUUUAUCUUCCUCAGCCAACGAUAGUACUUACAGUAUUUCUAACACUCGUAAGAGAGAAUUCGUUAAUGAUUUUUCUGUGAAGUCCUAUCACGGUUCCCCUUCGAAGAAGAAAUCGAGAAACAUUGCCGGUAGGAUAGCAGCCACUGUUGAUUUGAAGCACUUCGAGGUGCCUCUGCUUUCCUCCUUCGAUGUCACCGGUUUUGAGUGCCACUCCAUCCAUAUUCGUGCUGACCGUCCUUACACGAUCGGUCGGAGACAUCGUUACUCUCAAUUUGUCUUCCGUGACCGCCGAGUCAGUAAGCAACAUUGCCAGAUUUUCUUUGACGGUUCACUCCGUAAACUUUAUAUUCUGGCCGGGGUUUUGUCACUCAAGGAUUCCGCUAAAUGUCUUGUUCACGAAUUUAGGAAUAGGGUAAUGUCAUUUCAUGCUAGCAACACCGACGUCCCGGAUGGCGUUGGGUUUCGAGCGGCAUCUAAUGGGGUUUUUGUGAACGGGGUCAAAGUUAGAAGGGGCAAGGCCGUGGAGUUGUUAGCUGGAGAUAAGGUCCUGCUAGUUUGUGGCAAUCAUGAAAUUUGUUGCUGUGGUAUCCGGAAUCGGAUUGGGUUUCUUAUUCAGAGAAUUAUUUAUGACGACGGUGGCUCUGAAGGGUGUGAUGAUGAUAUUGGUUUUGAGAGCAUGUGGACAUUAAGUGCCAUGUCCGUGUCCGAGCAUUCCCAAGGGCUCACCUCAAGCGGGAAAAGGAACAAAAGAGUUUUUGCUAUGAAGAGAAAUGAUAUGUGUUCAGACAGUGCCAUAGCAAAUUAUAAACGAGUUGUUGGCAGAGCAAACUUUCUUUUGGAUUGGUGCAGAGGCAUCUUGCUUAGUGAUGAUCCUAUAUCUCGCAUGCUGCAUGCUAUGCCAGAUACAAGUCUUGGAUACAAAGGAGCCUGUGGCCCCUUAUUGAACAACUUUCCAGGCGUGAAUUUGGGCAAUACUGUUAGAUUAUUGGUGGACAGUGAAGUGCAGUCUGAAUGCAUUCAGCCAGUUUUGGAGCAGGAAUUACCUCUACAGGUGAACUUGUAUGGUGGUGACAGGCAAAUGGAAAAUAAGAUUACUGGUGUCUUACAGUCAACUUCAGGUGUACUUUGUGGUAGGAUAGUAGCCUCCUUGGAGGCAAACAGUGACCAUCAUUACCAUUUGUGUCAAAAAGAAAAUGUUGGAGUUGCUCUUGAGAGUGCUAUUGCUGAUGAGAAUCCUAAUGCCUUGCUGUUGUUAGGCAGGGGCAGUUCUACUUCUGGUGGCAAAAAGUUGAAAAACCAUGGGGGCAUCUUUUACUCAUCACCUGGAAAGAACUUUUACCUGAAUCGUCUUGAAUAUGCGAACUAUGGUUCCUCAGGCCAUCAUUAUGCCAUAUCUUUACCUGAGCUUCUUUAUCCUGUUGAAAGCAUUUCAAGGAUGUUCAUUGCAACAUUUACAAGUGACAUAAAAUGGUUCUUGUCAUAUUGUGAGAUUCCAUUCCAUCUGCCCCUUACAAUUGCUUGUCAUAACACCGAGAGAUGCUGGAGCUCAAGACCUGAUGAUAGAAUGUCUGUGCCUUACCCAGAAUAUCCUAACCUAACUGUAGUGUAUCCUCCAUUUCCUGAUUCGGUAGCUUUUGGUAACAACCGUAAGAAGCAGGGGAUUGCUUGCCAUCAUCCAAAACUGCUUGUCCUGCAAAGAGAAGAUUCUAUCCGAGUUGUCAUUACAUCUGCAAAUUUAGUGGAAAAGCAGUGGAACAGGGUGACUAAUACUAUAUGGUGGCAAGAUUUUCCUCGUGUCAGCUCAGCUAAUUAUGCAUCGCUUUUCCCAAAAGUUGACAAAACAGAAUUACAUCUGGAUUGUAAAUGUGAUUUUGCUGCUCAGCUGGCUGGGUUUAUGGCAUCUCUCUUGAUUGAUGUACCCAGUCAAGCCCAUUGGAUUGUUGAGUUGGCAAAAUAUGAUUUUGGGGGCGCAACAGGACAUCUUGUGGCUUCAGUUCCUGGAAUUCACUUUAACAGAACUGCCAUCAUAUCAGAAUCCUCACCUUUUCUAGGUUCAGUUGUAGCCUCUGUGGUUGGCAUAAGAUACCUUUACCGCACUGCAGCAGACUCAAAAGGUGCGAGAUUGAAAACACUGGCUAAUUUCCUUGGAAAUGCAUGCAAGAGUUCCCACGGAAAGCUGGAAAUUGUUUUAAGAAGAAAUCCCAAUGUGCCUGCUGAUGCAAAUGCUGUCAGUGUUCUUGUUCCUGAUCCUGAUAGCACAUUUUCUGGAGAAUAUGUUCAACUCGGUUUUUUGCCUAGAAAUGUAGCACAAUGGGUCUCUCCUCUUUGGGAUGCUGGAUUCUUCAGGUUUUUUGGGUAUGUCUGUCCAAAAGAGGCACUUGCAGCUGCCUUAGGAGAAAACUGCAAGAAAGUACCUAUAUUAUAUGUAUCUGAGGGUCAACAUUUUGUUGAUAUAGCAAAGAUGAUGCAAUUUGAACACAUUAUUGCAUUCUGCUCACUCAUUGCUUCAAUCCAAAGGUGUUACGGCCUCACAAGAUUGCAAGAGGUUCUGAAUCAAUAUAGAUGGCCUGAAUCAUCAGCGUCUGAUUUUAUAUAUGGUUCAUCUUCAAUUGGUUCAUCUGUCGGUGCACAAUUUCUUGCUGCAUUUUCAGGUGCUGCUGGGAAAAAGUCAUUGCAACGUUUUGAUUCAGAAGAGUCUGAUCCUGAGUGGGGCUCUUGGAAUGCUGGGGAAGAAUUGAGAAACCCUUCCAUGAGGAUCAUUUUCCCCACUAUUGAAAGAGUGAAGAAUUCCUGUAAUGGGGUCUUGCCUUCAAAACAUAUUCUUUGCUUCUCAGAGAGAACUUGGCAAAGGUUGAAGGCUUUAGAUAUACUUCAUGAUGCCGUUCCUUAUCCUGAUGACAGAGCAGGACAUCCAAUGCAUGUCAAGGUAAUACGGAGGCGAUUCUGGUCUGGCAGGGAUGUACCUUCUGUUGGUUGGGUGUAUUGUGGGUCGCAUAAUUUUAGCGCAGCUGCUUGGGGACGGCAAAUUUCAAGUCCAUUUGGUACGAAAACUGAAGUAUCAAAGAAAGGGAAUUCUUCUUCAGACUCUGGGCUUCAUGUUUGCAAUUAUGAACUUGGGAUUUUGUUCACUUUUCCAACAGAAGAUAAUGAUAACUCAAAUGUUAGAAGGUCAAACUUGGAUGAUAUAGUUCUGCCGUUUGUUGUGCCUGCCCCCAGGUAUGGAUCUAGGGAUAGACCAGCGACCAUGCAGGCCAUGAGAGAGGUGAUGGCCGAACUUUCUGAGCCAAAAGAGGAUUAUCAUGUUGAAGAUGAAAUUUUGGAAGAAAUUACUGAGGAGGAGGAAGAACUGGAGGCAACAGAUUUUGCAGCAGUGGAGAAGGAAGAGGACAAGGCCUAUGCUGAGAUACUCUGGAAUCAGGUUGAGUUGUCCCAGAGCUGUUGAAGUCCUGCAAGAAGCAACAUUGAGAGCAAAUAGCGAUGAUUGUGUAACUGUCAACAGGAAUAUUUGAUGCACAACCGUGACAGGUAAAAAACUAUAAUGUAAUUUCUGAGAGGCAGGCUGGCAAUUUUGGUGGUUGAACUUGAAGGGCACUCUGCAAAUCUGGUUUUUAGUCUUGAGAUGCAAGGGGUUGUCCUCGGACUUUAAUGGAUUUGAUGGUGUUCCCUUAUCACGAGGGUUGUUGAUCUCCUGCUUGAAGAAAGAUGAUUGCUUAUUAUCUUAACCAAGUUAUUGACGUUAUUGAUAUUGACGAAGAGAUUAUGCAAAUGUUAAAAAAAAAAAAAAAAAAACUCCGUUUUGUUAGGAAGCUGCAAUUGUUCUGUGUGUGACGCCCAUGAGCAUAGUGCUGCUCGGCUAUGGACUAUGCUUUUUUACUUUUGUUAACUAUUGAUUGAUUGAUUGUAAUAAAGAGAUAUUGUGAUUUA